AUGCCAUGGAGACCUUGCGCGGAGACUUGGAGAACUGGGAAGUGCCUUCUGAUCUCGCUUACACCGACAAAAGGGACGGUCUAUUUGCAGAGCACAAACAGGCUACCGGGAAGAGAGCUGAAAAUUUUGCUCCUGUUGCGAGUUUCUGUCUUUUUUCAAAUCUCCACUCGAGACUUGCUGAUCUGUGCCCAGGAUUUCACCAGUUGGAAGAGCGUGCUGAACAAAGCUUUUCCUCCAGGCAUUGAGUUUAAAACGGACAAAGAGGAAAAAGUAGGCAGUGACGCGAAAGUUUUGAAAAGAGCUUUUGAGUUGAAAAUCAGGCCUGUUGAACAAUUUCGCGUGAGCAAAAGUCUUGUCUGA